AUGGAAGUUAUUGUUGAGUACGACUAUACUGCUGAGGAAAAUGACGAAUUAACAAUUAAAAAAGGGGAUAUUAUCAGGGAUGUUUCUCAGUUUGAGGAGGGAUGGUAUAUUGGAUGUUUAAAUGGCCGCAUCGGAGUUUUUCCCGAUAAUUUUGUGAAGGUUAAAGCAUCUGUGCAGUCCAAAGGUUCAACUAUUACAGUUCCUGAGAUUGGGUCAAAAGAGACAAACGAUAAUGAUACCAAUAUGUCUAAUAGUGAUUACGAAAAUAGUAAUAUUAAUAAUAAUAAUACUAACAAUAAUCAAUCAAGUUCUGCAACAAAACCCAAACCUGUUUGUGGCAUUGGUUUAGGCAAUAUCUUCAGUGGUCAACCUAUUCAAUUAAAACAAACCGCUUUGAAAGAAGUGGUCAAUAAGGAAAAUGUAUCAGUACCGGAAAGAGCUAUCGGAAACAGUAAAAUUCUUGAUGAUACUGCAUCAAAUUAUCCAACAAAUCAAGUUCGAGCACGUUAUGAAUAUAUACCGAAACAGGCAGAUGAGUUAGAAUUACACAUAGAUGAUAUCAUUCAAGUAUUAGAUCGUAAUCUACCUGACGAUGGUUGGUGGAGAGGUAGAAACAUGCGUACAAAUUUAAUUGGCAUAUUUCCGGAUAAUUUUGUUGCGCCUAUCAAUGGAACAAAUAAAGAAUUAGAUGAAAGUAAAUUACAGUAUUCUAGAAAUCUAUCUAAUGUACCAAACAGAAGUGUUUCUGUCAAAACGAUAACACUACAAAAUUGUAACGAUAAUACUACAAACAUUAGAUGUCCUAAAAAUUCUACUUCUACACUCCCACCAAACCUAAACCAUGCAACUACAUUUGAUACUAAUCGAAUAACAAAUAACAAACCGAUAUCACACAAUUCCUCUACUAGAACUGCUAUUGUUUCAAGUUCUGGUAUAAUAAAUUAUCCAUCAAAUAGUUUUACAAAUACUGUAUCUCCCGUGGGAUCAUUAUCUUCAGUGGUAAGGUCAAAUUCUAUCGGCAAUUCAUUAAAUAUUAAUCAACCAACUUCCAUAACCACAAGUUCUGGACUAAUACAAGGUGAAAGUAGUUCAGCAAUCAAUGGUAAAUGGAGAUCAACUGACAAACAUGAUUCUUAUGAAUUAUCAAAAGUUCACAAUGGAGAAAAUGGUGAUGCAAAGUCCUCGGAUAAUACAAAUCUACAAAGGUUAGUUGGGUAUACAACUGAUAGACCACGACAAACUGGUAGAAGACUACCUACAAAGUUAUCUAACGCUACGAAUGCGGCUCCUGAUUUUAUUCAUACAUUAAAUACUCCUAUUCGAAGUAGUAUCGCAGCGUCAAAACCAAAUGAUGCUCAUGUGCAUGAUGCACCUACGACUAGGACUAAUGUUGCAUGUUUAUCAGCGAAUCAUGAAAACAAUGUUGGUUCAAUGAGUACGGAUCAAAUCGACAAGUCUAGUGAAUCGACGUACAAGCAACAAGGACGAACACCUAGUCAUGCUACAAAUCCAUCACGUGCCGCUAGUCUUCAAAGCAGUGAAAGCUCAAAUGGUUCUACAGAACUAAAUCGAAGCUCUGAAAAUCUACUCAUCUCAUCAAAUCAAGCAGUGUUAAAUCACCGUAGUAAAAUCCAACAAAUUGAUAUACAACAUCAAUUUGACCAAUUUCAAAGUGAGAUUAGACAACAACUACAUGAUAUUCGUCGUGAAUAUGAUACGUUAAAGGAAAUGCAUGUCCAACUUCGAAAUGAUUGGUUAAAAGGACAGAAGUCUUUAACUGAACGAUUUCAAACUCUUAUGAAUGAACUUGAUGAAAUUAAGAAACUAAGAGCCAACGAUGCUAUCGAGUUAUCUAGAUUUCGUACAAUUUUAAUGCAGUUAGAUGCAAAUUCACUUAUCGAUUCAUCGAAUCACAUUAAUUUUGGUACUGCUGAUUAUGAGGACAAGUCUUUAACUGAUACAGACUUUACAGAGUCGAAUACAAAUACUAUAAACCAAAAAAGUGUUAAUUUUAGAAAAAAUCCUUUGAAUGAAACUGAAGAAAAUCCUAG